AUGGGACUUCUCACAAACCCCUUGCGGCCCCGCGACCAGCGACUCCCGCUAUACCGCAAGAUCGAUUCCCCCACCAAGGAACGAUACUCCGACGAUGAAUACGAGUCCUACUCAUCUGAGGACGACUCGGAGCAGUCUUACGCGGCUUCUUCAUCACGCAGCUCAAGAGAUGCAUCCGAUCCUGUCCGCAGCGGCCGCUCGUUUCUCCUGUCGAAGCGCAGGUCGGCGCCGCCUCCGCGCAAGGCCAGCAUUUACCCGUAUCGCCUGCCGACCCGGGUCUCUCGCUAUUUCUUCUUUGGCGUCGCCGGCAUUCUCCUGCUCAUGAUACUCAGCCUCGUGCGAGCCAGUCAGGUGGAGAACUGGAAGGUCGCUCAUGGCAAAGUGGACACGCCGCCGCCGCCGCCGCCCCUCUGGGAGAAGUUCCCGUUUCUGGAGAGAUACUACGGGGGAAUCAGGACACUCAAACCCCUCGGCGAGAGCGGACCCGAAUACCCCAGCUCGGCUGAGCCUGAAGCCGCUGCGCCGCCCGAACACGGAUCUGACGCUGCUCAACGGGACGUUGCCAAGAGCAAAUCGUGGCAAGACUAUCCCGCGAGAAACAGCGAGCCCGACAUUCAAGAGUGCUUUCUAGACGCCGCCGGCAAGAUCCGUCCUCCGCCUCUCCGAUACUACGAGGGUCGUCCCACGGGCUUUCCACAGAAUGUGGUCGGCUCACACGAGGUCCUCAAGCUUCCUAAAGAUAUAUGCUUCGAGCGCUUCGGCCGCUACGGGCCCUACGGCUUCGGAUACUCGAUCCGCGCCGGUGGCCUGGGCACGGGAGAGCAUGGCGAGAGCGAGGGCUCCGCGGCUGUGUGGGGGCAGUCACCCCGCGUCGACUUCCGUAACGUCGAUUGGGCCGAUGUGCAGCGCCGGUGCUUCAGGGCCAAUGCUGAUCGCUUCAACAACACCGAAGCCGGGGACUCGGCCUUGAACAAGACCGACACCACCCGCCGGACGAAUUCUUCUGAGAGUGCCGGGGCGGACGCUAUGACCAAGAAGCAGGUGAGGACGGCCGUAGUGGUCAGAUGCUGGGACGACUAUCUGUUCCGUGAGGAUGACAUUGCCAACAUCCGGGCCAUGAUCACCGAGCUGACCCUCGCAUCGGGCGGCCGGUACGACGUCCACCUGCUCGUCCAGGUCAAGAAUGACGCCCACCACCCCAUCUGGGCCGACCACGAGGCAUACGAGAAGAGAAUACGCGACUCCAUCCCUCAGGAGCUGCAGGGCCUGGUAACGCUCUGGACCGAGACACAGAUGCUGUCUCUGUACCAAGGCAUCUACGACUUGUGGAGCCGCGGGCCGGAGCUGCCCGUCCACGGCUGGGAGAUGGACAUUCGCUACACCGGCCACUACUACGACCUGGUGACCAAGCUCGAGGAGUGGGCCAAGGCGCAGCCGAGAAAAGGCCUCUGGGAGCGCAACUCGCGCUUCUACUUCCCCGCCGCCCACGGCUCUUGGGAGGACUUUUCGCAGAUGUCGCGGGUGCAGAGCGAGAUGGGCGCCGCCGGGUCGGACAAUGUCUGGAACAAGGCGCCCGGCGUGGGCGGCAAGGCACCCGAGGCCGCGAGCAAGAAGGGCAGGACUGUCUGGGGACCCCAGCGUCCUCUGGAUACCGACGACUGGUUCGAGCCAGAAAGCGACGACAUGCCGCCGACGAGCUACGAAGCUGAUCGCUACCAGUGGGGAGUGGGCGAGGAAGCCGACUACAUCUCCCUCAACCCCCUCUUCGACCCAGAGGGCACGACGUGGAUGCUCAGAGACGACAUCACAGGCUUCAACCGGUCGCGCGGGCUGCUCCCCCGGCGGGCCGCCAUCAUCACGACGUCGCGCAUGUCGCGCCGGCUGCUCAUGACGAUGCACCGCAUGACGGCCUACAAGAAGCAGUUUGCCUUUCCCGAGAUGUGGCCGGCGACGGUGGCGCUGCACCACGGCCUCAAGGCCGUCUUCGCGCCGCACCCCGUCUACGUCGACCGCAAGUGGCCCGUCGACUUCAUGGCGCAGACGUUCAACGGCGGACGCGACGGCUCCAGCGGUGGCUCGCGCACCAGCAUCUUCGGCGAGCGCGAGCACAACAUGCACGGCCUGUCGUGGUUCUACAACUCGGGCUUCGCGCCCAACUUGUACCGCCGCUGGCUGGGUCUCAAGGUCAACAACGACGGCGGCGACGAGUUUGAGACGACGCACGACGGCCGCAUGUGCCUGCCCCCGAUGCUGCUGCACCCUGUCAAGGAUGUGGAGCUGCCCAUCGAGGCUCCGCCGGUGGGCGACGAUGAGGCGGCUGAGACGGCGCCCGCCUCGGAUCCCACGGCGUAG